AUGGGGUCGUUUAAGAGCUCUGUUUUCAUCUUGGUCUUUCACCUUCUGGAAGGGGCCCUGAGCAAUUCACUCAUUCAGCUGAAUGGUAAUGGCUAUGAGGGUAUUGUCAUUGCAAUUGACCCCAACGUGCCAGAAGACGAAACACUCAUUCAAGAAAUAAAGGACAUGGUGACUCAGGCAUCUCCAUAUCUGUUUGAAGCUACAGAAAAACGAUUCUAUUUCAAAAGUGUUGCUAUUUUGAUUCCUGAGAAAUGGAAGACAAAACCUGAGUAUGUGAGACCAAAGCUCGAGACCUACAAAAAUGCUGAUGUUCUGGUUGCUGAACCUAAUCCUCCAGAUAACGAUGAACCCUAUACUGAGCAGAUGGGAAACUGUGGAGAAAAGGGUGAAAGGAUUCAUUUCACUCCUAACUUCAUCGCAGGAAAAAUGUUGACUCAAUAUGGACCACAAGGAAGGGCAUUUGUCCAUGAAUGGGCCCACCUACGAUGGGGAGUAUUUGAUGAGUACAAUAAAGACCAGAAAUUCUACUUAUCUAAUGGAAAAAACAAAGCAAUAAGUUGUUCGGCAGCGAUUACUGGUAAAAAUGUCAUAAGGAAGUGUCAAGGAGGCAGUUGUUUCACCAAAACCUGCAGAAUUGACAGGCUAACAGGGCUGUUUGAAAAAGGAUGUGAGUUCAUACCUGAUGACAGGCAUACAGAGAAGGCUUCCAUCAUGUUUUCACAAAGUAUUAAUUCUGUGGUGGAAUUCUGUACAGAGAAAAACCACAAUAAAGAAGCCCCAAACCUGCAGAACCAAAAAUGCAACCUCCGAAGCACAUGGGAAGUGAUUCGCGAUUCUGAGGACUUUAAAAAAACCACUCCUAUGACAACACAGCCCCCCAAACCCACCUUCUCGCUGCUGCAGGUCGGACAGAGAAUCGUGUGCUUAGUUCUGGAUAAGUCUGGAAGCAUGCAGAACGGUAACCGCCUCAAACGAAUGAACCAGGCAGGCAAACUUUUCCUGCUGCAGACGGUUGAGCAAGGGGCCUGGGUCGGGAUGGUGACCUUUGACAGCGCUGCCUACGUCCAAAGUGAACUCAUACAGAUAAACAGCGGCGCCGAAAGGGAUGCGCUCAUCGGAAAGCUCCCGACAAAGGCCGGAGGAGGAACGUCCAUCUGCACUGGACUGCAAUCAGCAUUUACUAUGAUUAGGAAGAAAUACCCAACAGAUGGAUCUGAAAUUGUGCUACUAACUGAUGGGGAGGACACCAAGAUAAGCACCUGCUUCGACGCGGUGAAACAGAGCGGAGCAGUCAUCCACACAGUUGCUCUGGGGCCUGAUGCUGCGAAAGAACUGGAGGAGCUGUCUAAAAUGACAGGCGGUUUACAGACAUAUGCUUCAGAUAAGGCUCAGAACAAUGGCCUCAUUGACGCUUUUGGGGCCCUUUCAUCAGGAAAUGGCGCCAUCUCCCAGCGCUCCAUCCAGCUGGAGAGUACAGGAUUAACUCUCCAGACCAGUGAGUGGAUGAACGGCACAGUGAUCGUGGACAGCACUGUGGGAAACGACACUCUGUUUCUCAUCACCUGGACCGUGCAGCCCCCCCAGAUCCUUCUCUGGGAUCCCAGCGGAAAGAAGCAAGACGGCUUUCUCGUGGACACAGACACCAAGAUGGCCUACCUCCCAGUCCCAGGCACUGCCAAGGUUGGCAUUUGGAAUUACAGUCUGCAAGCAAACUCAGCGCAGACCCUGACAUUGACUGUCACCACCCGCGCCUCACAUGCUACCUUGCCUCCAGUUACAGUGACCUCUAAAAUGAACAAAGACACAGGCAAAUUCCCUAGCCCUAUGGCAGUUUACGCAAAAGUUCACCAAGGGGCCUUGCCGAUUCUCAGGGCCAGUGUCACAGCCCUGAUAGAAUCAGCGGAUGGAAAAACAGUCACCUUGGAACUUUUGGACAAUGGAGCAGGUGCUGAUGCUGCUAAGGACGACGGUAUCUAUUCGAGGUAUUUUACAGCUUACGACACAAAUGGCAGAUACAGCCUAAAAGUGCGGGCUCUGGGCGGAGUGAACGCAGCCCGGCGGAGAGCUGCGCCCCCGCAGAAUGCAGCCCUGUACAUACCUGGCUGGACUGAGAACGGGGAAGUGAAAUGGAACCCGCCGAGGCCUGACAUUAGCGAGGAUCACCUGCAAGGCAAGCAAGUGUGUUUCAGCAGGACAUCCUUGGGAGGGUCAUUUGUAGCCUCCAAUGUCCCAAAGGCUCCCAUACCUGACCUCUUUCCACCUUGUCAAAUCACUGACCUGAAGGCGAAAAUCCAGGGGGACAGUCUUAUUAAUCUGACGUGGACGGCGCCUGGGGACGACUAUGAUCACGGAAGAGCUUACAGGUAUAUUAUCGGAAUAAGCACAAAUAUUCUUGAUCUCAGAGACAAGUUCAAUGAAUCGGUUCUAGUGAACACUACUGAUCUCAUUCCAAAGGAGGCCAACUCUCAGGAAGUCUUUGUGUUUAAACCAGAAAGCAUCACUUUUGAAAAUGGCACGGAUCUCUUCAUAGCUGUUCGGGCUGUUGAUAAGGUCAACCUGACGUCGGAAAUCUCCAACAUUGCACGGGCAUCUUUGUUUAUUCCCCCACAGACUCCUCCUGAGACACCUGGCCCUUCUCUCCCUUGUCCUGAUAUUAAUGUCAACAGCACUAUUCCUGGCAUUCACAUUUUAAAAAUUAUGUGGAAGUGGCUAGGAGAGUUGCAGCUGUCAGUAGCCUUGGGUUGA